GUGCGAAGUCAGUUGCGGUCCGAGCGGCCAAGUCGUCAGUCCCGCCCUCGGUACUUUCGCGUUUUCGGUCAGUCUCCGUUCGACGUUCGAACGGUGAAGUGUGUAUUGCGCGUGCGCGCACCGGUUACUGUGGCGUACUGCGAGGUUAUUAUGGACGCGCCCGGCGGAGCGCGGGAGUCCCGCUUCGGGCUUUACGGUAAUGGUAUGGGGAUCCUUGGGGAAGUGCCUGAUAUGUAUGGAGCUGGCCGCCCUCCGAGUUCCCUUGGCGGCUUAAGGCCUGGCAUGCAGCCCUGUCCUGUGCCAAGAUCCGGCGUGAAGCGGCCUUCGGACCAGUGUUAUGAUGAGAGGCCUUCUCAAAGUCUUAGUUUGGAGCACUGUGGGAUGCCAGAUAUGGCAGAUGACGGCUAUGCAUCUCUCCAACCAAAAAAGUCUCCACCUUCUAACGGGAAGAAGACCAAGGGGCGCGUUAAGAUUAAAAUGGAAUACAUAGACAACAAAUUACGGCGGUACACUACUUUCUCUAAGCGGAAGACUGGCAUCAUGAAGAAGGCUUACGAACUGUCAACACUAACGGGAACACAAGUGAUGUUAUUGGUUGCGUCAGAAACCGGACAUGUGUACACAUUUGCGACGCGGAAACUUCAACCGAUGAUCACAUCAGAUUCGGGAAAGCGGCUCAUACAGACCUGCUUAAAUUCACCCGACCCUCCCACGACGAGCGAGCAGAGAAUGGCAUCCACGGGCUACGAGGAGACCGAGCUAACGUAUAAUGUCGUCGACGACGAUAUGAAGGUCCUGGCUGAUGAUUUGAAGAAGAAGAACAAUAAGGAAGAACCAGCGACUUCUGGCGACAGCGGGGAUGACAGCGGUAGCGAACCAGACUUUAUGUACAAUCCCCAACAAAACCACAAGAAUUUUAAUUGCGAUAAUGAAUCAGUUUCAAAUAAAAGGGAAUCCGAAAACCAGCCGUCUACGUCAUCAGCAAACCAGGAAGAAAGCAAGUCGAGUCAACCGUCACUACCCAGACUACUCCCAAAGAUAGAUCUACCAGGGGGUGCGAUGUUGUACCCCUCAGGGGUCCUAGCUGGACUGGACGGUUUGGGAACAAACUUGGGACUUGGAAAUUUGGCUAUGGGAUAUCCGCCUAGCUUUAUUUUAGGUUUAGCUAAUCAAGGGCAAGAAAAUGCAUCAUCAUCCAACCAGCCGCAGUUCAUCACAAUACCACUUUCGAUGGCUGUAGCAGCGGGUGCAGGCGCUACAAACGGCGCCGGCGCAUCUAGCGACGACAGCAGUGAACUACAGGAUCUUAGUACUGGCAUACGGAAAUGAUUAUAGUUCCGAGAAGCCUUCAUAAUAUCCUCUUAACAAAUAACGUACAUAAUGUACCAAAGUACUCGUAGUAUGAUUAUGUUCCUUAAAACUCAUUAUUUUGAAGAUAUGCAUUCAUUUAUUCAUAUAGAUUGUGUUACACAAAUUACGUAAUUACCGAAAACUUGCUGUUUAUUCGUUAUAUCAAAUAUCAAAUUCACGACCGUACUUAAAGCUUUUUGUAUCACUUUCCAAUUAAACAAAUUUGUUCAAAUAAUUUAAUAGUUUUUUGAUAUUAACAAAGAAAUUGAUAAUUGCCCAUAAGCUGUCAACCAUAUUUAAUUAAAAAUUUUCAAUAAUACACUUGUUUUGCGUGUGCAGCCUAUGAUUAGUUUAUAUGAUAACAGUUUUUAUAUGAUAUCCAGGAUUAUGUAAUUGAUAUUAGCAGUACAAGGACGUCACCUUUGUAUAUUAGCACGCCUUAUGAUUAGUAUAAGUGUUAAUUAUUGUCAGAAAUACGUGUAUUUUUGUACUAAACUAUGUAAAAUUUGUUAUCCCCUUAUUUAUUAGCACACCCUGUAUUCUCUUCGUAGUCCAAGUGUUUAUCCGUUGUUUUAAGUUAAUCAAUCUAAUGUCAUACAAUGUAGUGUAAACAAUAUAGAUAAUAUUGCAACGUAAUAUAUUCAUAUAUAUAAUAGAUAAUUAGUGUCGAGCAUAAGCUCCUCUACGUUUUUGACAGUUUUCUAUUGACUAUGAGUAAUAACGAUUACCAUAAAGCUAGAGAGAUAAAGAACACACUAACGCAGCAAUUUUUAAAUAUAGUGUUAUAGAAAAGGAUUUGGCAUCCAAAAACAUCGCUUCAUACUUGCCAUAGAAUUGUAUAUACAAUACCUAUAUAUAUAGUUAUAUAUCAAACACAUACAUUAAGUAUUCGAAAACUUGAAACGAAUAUUUAAAACUACAGCAAAGUUUGCUAAAGUUACUGGUAUGAUAUAGAACAAGAAUCUAUCGAACAAAUCUACCUAGGACUGGCUUUGUUCGACAUAAUUUUUAGUUUUCAUAUAGUUUCAUUUUUAGGUUCUUAAGUUGCAAAGCAUUUAUAAUUUAAUUUCGUGUCCCUUGCAUGAAUUUUAACAAAUGUUGAUAUUGUAUGUAAAAUGUCGACUUGAUUUAAUUGUAUUACUUAAUUAGUUUUAUUUUAGGCGGGAAAUUAAUAGACUAAGAAAGGUCGAGUUUGGUUUGUGUAUUAAAUGUUCCUUUUCACUUAAUAAAAGUUAUGAAAUA